AUGGUGUCCACUGUCUAUCUUCGCCGGAGAAUCCUCCCCCUCGCCAUCACCCUUCUCUUUGCUGUGCUUACUCUCUAUUUGCUCCAAAAUCAUGACUACAUAUAUGAACAACCCACACCAGGGCUAUCAUCCGAUGGUCAUGAGCAGCAGGUAGCCGUGGUGGUUGCUGGCCUGCGCUCUUCAAACACAAAAUGGUUGCGGAAGUCGUUUCCACACUGGGACACGCAUAUCUAUAUCGCGAAUGAUGAGUCAUCCAAGCUGCGCAUCCCGAAGAACAAAGGGAGAGAGGCAAUGGUCUAUUUGACUCACAUAAUUGAUCACUAUGACGAUUACCGCGACGACGCGGCUAUUCUUUUCCUCCACGCGGACCAGGACCAAUGGCACAACGAUGACGAGAAAUACGAUGGCAAACGAAUGCUCCAGCGCUUCAGUAUCCCCCACCUGGUACGGGAGGGCUAUGUAAAUAUGCGUUGUCACCCGUACCCUGGUUGCACGACGGGUCUAGACCUGACCACGUCCCCUGCAGGUGAAAACAGCGAGUCCGCAACAAUCGCCGGCUUCCUGCAGAAUUUCGCAACUCUUUUCCCAAACUCUACGCUGCCAAAGCAGAUAGCGGUGGGAUGUUGCGCGCAGUUCGGGGUUACGGCAGGCACAAUACGGCAGAACUCCAGGGAGAGAUAUGUGCUGUUGCGGCAGUGGCUGCUUGAUACGGCGCUGAGUGAUCAUAUUAGUGGGAGGCUGAUGGAGUAUAUGUGGCAUAUCCUAUUUGGGAAGCCUGCGCGACACUGUCCUGAUCCGCAACAGUGUUAUUGCGAAGUCUAUGGACGAUGUAAUCUGAAGUGCGUUGAUGGGGAUUGUGGAGUGUAUAUUUACCCUUUUGGCGCUGGUCGUUCGUGGUUCAAUCGGAUCAAGGAUUAUCUUGGGAUAUAG